ACUACGUAGCCAUGACCAGUUAUAUUCUGUUCCUGAAUUGGCUAAAGAUGAGGCUCUUGAAGUUUUCAGUUGGCACGCUUUUCAGAAAUGGACUCCUGAUAAGGAGUUUUUGAAACUCUCCAAGUCUGUAGUAGAUUAUGCUAAAGGCUUACCAUUAGCUCUUAAGGUCUUGGGUUCAUUUCUUUACAAGCGAGGCAUAACUGAGUGGAGAAGUGCAUUAGAUAGACUCAGAGAUACUGGAUAUGAAGAAAUUGUUGAGCAGCUCAGUUUAAGUCUAGAUGGAUUGAACCAUGAAGAGAAGAAUAUAUUCCUGGAUAUUGCAUGCUUCUUUAGAGGAAGAAAGAGAGAUGAUGUGAUAACAAUACUAAACAGUUUUGGCUUCCGAUCAGAGAUUGGAAUACAUGUCCUCAUCCAAAAAUCACUCUUAUAUAUUUCUGAAGGAAUGGUUGAGAAGCAUGAUUUGAUAGAACAAAUGGGUCAGCAAGCAGCGCGCAAUGUUGACCAGGAUAGGCCAUGGAAUCACAGCAGACUAUGGCAUGAACAAGAUAUAAAAAAUGUUUUUUCUGCAAAUCUGAGGACAGAGUCUAUUAAAGGCAUAAUGGUGCCAAUUGGCUCAGACCGUCAUAUAUGCAAGUGGAGCAAAGCUUUCAGAAACAUGCCUUGUCUUAGGCUACUCAUUGUCAAAGGGGAGGAGGCCCGACAUCAUGACCCUAUUUGUGACCCUAUUGAGCAUCUCCCCAGUAACUUGAAAUGGCUUGAUUGGUCAUACUACAGUCUUGCAACUUUACCAGCAAAGUUUGAACCAGGAAACCUUGGUGGGCUCAACAUGACUUUUAGUUCGCUUGUUGAAAUCUUCAAGGAACCAAAGUCAUUUGACAAGUUGACAGUCCUCAAUUUAAGUUUUUCAGGAAGUUUACUCCGAACACCCAAUUUUUGUGAGACUCCAAACCUCCAGAAGAUUAUACUGAAAAGUUGUGUGAGUUUGGUUGAAAUUCAUCCAUCUGUUGGAAAUUUUAAAAAGCUUAUCUUCUUAAAUAUGGAAAAUUGCAAAAAUCUCGAGUCUUUACCAAGUAGUAUUUAAAUGGAAUCUCUUGAAAGCCUCAACCUCUCAGGUUGUCAGAAAUUAGAAAAUUUUCCAGAAAUUCGGGGGAAUAUGGAAUUGCUGUCAGAGCUCCUUCUGGCACGUACUGCAAUUUGGGAAUUACCUCCAUCAAUAGGACAGCUCAGUGGUGUCAGCUUGCUUGAUUUGCGAUCAUGUGAAAAACUUGUAAGACUCCCUGGCAGUGUCUCUAAGAUGAGAAAACUGAAAAUUUUGAUUGUGAAAGGUUGCUCAAGACUUCCCAACUUUCCUGAAACUCUUGGUGAUCUAAACCAGAUGGAGGAGCUCUAUGCUGGUAACUCUGCCAUUUGGAAGCUAUCAGAUUCCAUUGGAAACUUGAGUAAACUCAAAGUCCUAUCGUUAAGAAGAGGGCGGAAGGUCAAGCAUCAAACUAGUUGCAGUUUGAUGUUACCCUCUUACUGGGGGUUUUAUGGUUUGAGGGAAUUAAAAAGCUUAGAUCUCAGUGGGUGCAACUUAUCUGAUAAUCUUACUGUUGCUCUUACAAACUUGCCUUCUUUAGUGGAAUUGAAUCUGAGCAGAAACAAGUUUAUUUCAUUGCCUGAUAGUAUCAGGCAACUUUCGCACCUCCGAUACCUCGACAUAACACACUGUCAGGAACUUGAACAACUUCCCACACUUCCUCCGAAUAUAGAGGAUUAUAUGCAGAAGAUUUUUUGGCCAAACGAUGUAUUGCAAAUCUGCCAAUGUACCCUCGGUUGAAUUUGGUGUCAUUCACCAAUUAUUGUUUUGAUCAACAAUCGAAUACAGAGGAUAGCAAUGGUAGCUCAGUUUUGGAUGAGAUUCUCCGUUUCUAUCUUUCAAACAACAUGGAUGAUG